GUCGGGAGUUUUCCUCAAAGUCAAUAACGAACCUGGCGAAGGAGGCGGCAGGAACCGAGCCGAGCGCUGGGCCCCGGGCCGCUCCGGGUGAAUUCAAUUGGUAACAGCCGCCGCCGCUCCUAACUCCCUGGAUGCUGCGGCCGAGCUGCCCAGGCGGGCGCCUCCCUAAAUAGCGGAGAGCCACUAUCGAUGUAGCCGCCGCCCCGCUUGCAUCUCUCAGGGCGCCGCUAGCUGGAGUCGAAACCUUCGCAACCACACCAAGGUAGACCGCAGCCGUGAAGGACUCUCACCCCGGCAGGGGGGACAAGGGAGGAGAGGUCGUGGGCGCCCCCCUGCCCGGAGACCCGGUUCCACGCCAACGGCCGGCACCCGCCACCCUCGCCUUUUGCUGCAGGAAUUGAUGCAGAGAAAAAGAGAAGGGAAACAAAAAAUAGAAAACUUUCUCCUAUGAAUAUGAAUCUUAGUCUGACAAUAGAAGAAUUAGAACCCAACCUUUAUGCUGCUUUAAAAUAUUGGAAAGUCAGAAGAAUAAAGGAACUCUAAAAGUAAUACUGCAAAAUAUUCUUUAAUCUGAAGGCUCAGUAGAGCCAUCAUGAGCGAUGUUACAAUUGUGAAAGAAGGCUGGGUUCAGAAAAGAGGGGAAUACAUAAAAAAUUGGAGGCCAAGAUACUUCUUAUUGAAGACAGAUGGCUCCUUCAUAGGAUAUAAGGAGAAGCCGCAAGAUGUGGAUCUACCAUAUCCUCUUAACAACUUUUCAGUAGCAAAAUGCCAACUAAUGAAAACAGAGAGACCAAAACCGAACACAUUUAUUAUUCGAUGUCUUCAGUGGACCACUGUGAUAGAAAGAACAUUUCAUGUAGAUACUCCAGAAGAACGGGAAGAAUGGACAGAAGCCAUCCAAGCAGUAGCGGACAGACUUCAGAGGCAAGAAGAGGAAAGAAUGAAUUGCAGCCCAACAUCCCAGAUUGAUAAUAUAGGAGAGGAAGAGAUGGAUGCCUCGACAACCCACCAUAAAAGAAAGACAAUGAAUGAUUUUGAUUACUUAAAACUACUUGGCAAAGGCACUUUUGGCAAAGUUAUUCUGGUCCGGGAGAAGGCAAGUGGGAAAUACUAUGCUAUGAAAAUUUUAAAAAAGGAAGUUAUUAUUGCAAAGGAUGAAGUGGCUCACACACUUACAGAAAGUAGAGUAUUGAAAAACACUAGACAUCCUUUUCUAACAUCUUUGAAAUAUUCAUUCCAGACCAAGGAUCGUCUAUGUUUUGUGAUGGAAUAUGUCAAUGGAGGAGAGCUGUUUUUCCAUUUGUCGAGAGAGCGGGUGUUCUCUGAGGAUCGCACACGCUUCUAUGGUGCAGAAAUUGUGUCUGCUUUGGACUAUCUGCAUUCUGGAAAGAUUGUAUAUCGUGAUCUCAAGUUAGAAAAUCUAAUGCUGGAUAAAGAUGGACACAUAAAAAUUACAGAUUUUGGACUUUGCAAAGAAGGAAUCACAGAUGCAGCUACUAUGAAAACAUUUUGUGGUACUCCAGAAUAUUUGGCUCCAGAGGUUUUGGAAGACAAUGAUUAUGGUCGUGCAGUGGAUUGGUGGGGCCUUGGAGUUGUCAUGUAUGAAAUGAUGUGCGGCAGAUUGCCAUUCUAUAACCAGGAUCAUGAAAAACUUUUUGAACUCAUUCUAAUGGAAGAUAUAAAAUUUCCUCGAACUCUCUCAUCUGAUGCAAAAUCAUUGCUUUCAGGUCUCCUGAUAAAAGAUCCAAAUAAACGUCUUGGUGGAGGACCAGAUGAUGCUAAAGAAAUUAUGCGACACAGCUUCUUUGCUGGAAUAAAUUGGCAAGAUGUAUAUGAUAAAAAGCUUGUUCCUCCUUUUAAACCUCAAGUGACAUCUGAGACGGACACCAGAUACUUUGAUGAAGAGUUUACUGCUCAAACUAUUACAAUAACACCACCUGAAAAAUAUGAUGAAGAUGGCAUGGACUGCAUGGACAAUGAGAGACGACCACAUUUCCCUCAGUUUUCUUAUUCUGCAAGUGGACGGGAAUAACUUCCUGUUUUGUAUUCUUGCUAUAGAGACAUACUCAAUUUAUCACUGAAAAUGAUUCCUGAACAUCACCACCAGUCCUUGUUAUUAUUUAGGAGAGCGGAGCACUUUCAGAAAUCAUUCCUAAUUGAUCGAGUUCCUUUUUUGAUUAAUUAGCCUAUUUGAUUUAUCUGCAUGAGGUGUUACAUUGGUCUAAGUUGACCUGCGGUUACUGCUGUCUCAACAUGAAAGUCAUAGCAAAAAGUAUUCCCCAAAUAUUAUAUUAGAUGGCAAAUUCUCAGUUGCAUGAUUUGUGCACAAUGAGCUUUCAUUCUCUUACCUUCUCAGAGCAGAGGUUAAAGGGCAUGCUGGUCUGUGAUACAGUACUUGCUCCCUUCUAAAAGGCAGAUAAAAAUUCUAAAACGUGAUUAAUUAGGAUGUUUUUUCAAGCUGAUUGGAGCUUGACAGAACUAGAAACUUAUAUAAAUUAUUUUUUAACUGUUGGAUACUAUCCAAGAAGCAAAAAGUCUGGGAUCACCUACUUUCCCCAUGUAGACUUCCAGAUUCAUGUGCAAUUAUGGAGAAUGGGACAUUUAAAUGGAAGAAAUUAUAACAUAAAAGCAGCAAGUGAAGUUGUUUCAACCUCUUAUGAUUUGUGUCUUGUGCUUUCCUUUUUCUUUGUUGAUAUUCAUCAUCCCUGGAGGCUGAAGAAUUUAGACAAGCUUAACAACAUUGCUUUUCACCAAAAUUUGUAUAUCAAGGUAAACGUUUGUUUACCUUUUGUUUUUUGAGUUUAUGAACUAGUUUUUUUUUCAGAUGUUUUAAUUGAAUAUUUUGUUACACUUCAGUAGUAUUUAUUUUUAGUGACAAUGAUUGUAUGUGUCAUGUUUGCAAUGCUGCUACAUCCUAGAAGAGGCUUGCAAUUUAUUUUAUAAUGUACGGAAGAACUGUACAAGCUGAACAAAAGAAUGCACUUUUUUCUAUGUGAAAAUAUUAACAAAAUUCUGAAAGUGUACCUUGAACUUAGAAUUUGGUUUUUAUAGUUAAACUAUUUCAUUAUGGUCAAGGAAAAAAAUCCCAACCCAUGUAUCCCAAUCGUUUGCACAGUCUUUACUGAAGUUGAAUGUUGUAUAAAAGUUGGAUAACCCUUGAAAAUUUUUAAGUUACCAAGGCCACAAUGAUUACAAGAAAUGCAUUGUAAAGUUUUGAACAUUUAGUUAGAUUGAUAGGAGUAUCUGUUUUAAAAUACCGUAUUAGUUUUAGCCAUGACAGAUGCAACAUUUUUAGUAAACCUAAUUCUCAAAAUAUUUAUUAAAUAGGAUGUUUGAAUAUUUAUUUUUCCAUUUAAAAGAUUUUAAAAAAUAAACAUGUGACAAAAGGCAAUUUAUUACAUGGCCUUUGGUGACAGGAGUUGAGAUUUUCUAAAGGAGCUGGUAAGUGUAAUAGCGCAUGCCAGAUUAGCCCUGAAGGAUGAUUUGUGGGAUUAUAACUGACAAUUCUUGACUUCAUUCUUUGUAACUCCUAUAAUCUUUUAAGCUCUUAUAUGACUUUCCUAAGUCUUAUGAAAGCUGUCUUCAUGACUUUAAAAAAUAUUUACAUGCAAUUGUAUCCAUCUCUUGAUGCAGAAAAUGUACAUACUUUGAAGUAUCACUGCAGGCAGUGGAACAUGCUAGGGUUAUCAAGAGGCAUGUGGGCAUUUUAUUGAGGCAGCUAGGAUCUAUGCUUUAAAGAAAUAAGGUAGAUAUCAUUGUACUUCUACACUAUAUAGGUCAGAAAUACUGUGUACCUCUUGUGUGGAAGGAUUAUAGAAUAAGGCAACAUCUGCAUUAUUAAAAAUCGUGAAGCAGUAAGGAACUGUCAGAAAGAAUGGCUAAGAGAAAUUUAGUUUUUGAUCAGUGUCAUAGUACUACUAUUAAAUACGAGUACCCUGUUUCUUUAAUAAUAGUAGAAAUAUUCUCAGUUCAGCAGUUCUAAUAUGCAAAAAAUUUCUUUGAUGUUCAGAUGGAGAAGGUGGUUAAUUAGCACCUCUUCUCUCCUUUUGGCAUGGAUAAAUAAGAGAAGUCAGGAGUCUCAUACUCCUAGUGUCACCAUUGAUUUCCUACCUGAAAUAUGCCAGCCUAAGCUAAUAAAAAAGCCUGACAUAUAUAAUAUAUAUUUCUUCUCCUGUGCAGCCCUUCUAUAUAAGUCUGCACAUGGAUCAGUCUUGCUGGAUUGGAACAGGCAUGCCCUUCCACAGUUCAAGACAUUUAUUGAUUUAGACUGGUGUGUGCCUGGUCCAUUUUAGUUUGUUCCUAAUUAUGUUAUACAUAAUCAUUAAGCAGAUAUAGUUCAGUACUAAAAUAUAUAGAUCCUCAGUUUAACAGACUGUUUAGGGGAAAGGAGUAUUCAUUAAAUUUGAAUGUCUGUUAAACACUCAGGUUGCCCUCCGCCUCCCACCAUCCUUGCUUUCCCCCCCUUCCUAGUGAUGAACUACAGGAAAAACAACUUUCAAAUACAGCCCUUCAAGGGAGGUAGCACCAGUCUUUGGGAGGUUUGGUAACACUUUUUCUCUCUAGCUCCUGUCACCAAGGAAGCAGUGGGCAGAGCUGCAAGUGAGGGAAGGGGAAGGAGUUCCUUCUCACAACACCUCCCCAGCCUUUUUUCCUCAGCUCAGCCCCACUCCUCCUCCUCCCAUUGCCUGCCAGGUUUUCUCAGUCCCUCCCUCCUAGUAGGAACUUCACCAUUGAAUAUGUAGAAUAUAGACCCAUCACCCGCCUGAUCAUACUUGCAUUUUCUGUCUCUCAAAAAUUAAACAGGAAGCAUAUCCAUUUUUGAGGGUUUAACAGCAACUGCUGUCCAGACCAUUCCCCGAACAAGGGAGAAACUGUUUAUUUUGGGAUAUUGCCCACGUGGAAAUUUUGUUCAUUGUAUCCAAAGUCCAUUAGUCCUGCACUAUUUGUGGUGGUCAAUGGUAAAAUAUUUUUUUAAACAUUCUAUUAAUCAGUCAAUAUGGAGGAAUAACAUUCCACGCAAUCUCAUUUUUACAUUAUACAAAUAUUAUAUUUUACAUUCUAAAUCAUUAAUACUACUUUUGUGAUGACUUGAUUUUUUUUUAGUCAUAAUCCUAUCUGAUUAUAAUUGUUUCUACACAUUGCUUUCAGAGUUUUGAUGUGUCGGCCAGGAAACUUAAUGUUGUAAAAUGAUAGAGAUUAAGAAAAAAAAUAUGAAAUGUUGAAAUACAUAAAAUAGAAUUUAUGUGAUCUUUUUCUUUGGUUUUGUAUAAGAGAUAUUUUACCUUGUAUAAUUAGUCCCAAAUCCUAGAUUAGUAAUAUUUGCUUACUAAUAUGUUAUCAAAAACGACAUAGACCAGUUAUGCUAAUAUGCAAGAAAAUAUAAAAGCAAAUACUCCCCAGUCGAGUUAUGCUGUCUACUCAACAUAAAAUAAUUGAUGAGUAGCUGUGUAUAAAAUGAGGCCAAUGUGUACUCUUUUUCUUAUUUUAUAGGCCAAGCUGCCUCAUUUAGGACACUCGUUCCACCAAUAUUAGGUGAGUGAGGCUUGAUUCAGUUUUCCCGCCCUCUCACUACACCCACUUUUUAACAGAGUUUUAAGUUUUUAAUAAGGCUUCCAUGUCUCACCCUUUCUCAAUAUAUAAUAUGGAUAGAUGAGAGUGGUAUUUAUAAAUAUUAACUCUCUUUUGAAUCCCUCCUGCCAUUCAAUCUAGUUUGCUAGUUCAGAAGAAAUUAGCUUUUGUCCAAAGGAAUCAAAAAUAUAUUCUAUCAUCUCACUGUAAAGUCAUGUUACUUGAAACGUUUGAAUGAUCCCAUUUCUACUGCAGGGUGCACACACUGGGCUUCAGAAGAGAAUAUUUCAGCAUGACUGUAGUAUUGAUCAGGGAACACAUUGCAUUUUGUGCGACACUGAUGGGAUCAGGCCAUUACUUCACAAUCAUUUGUAUUCAAUAGUGAAUGGGCUCUACCAUUCUGAAGUAUUCAUUGCUUACAUCAUAGAUUACUUUUUAGAUCAUUACUAUAAAUGAAUACUUUGAUAACACACUUUUGCUGUUUGCUUUUUUUUGAAAAAUACACCACUGAAGUAAUAGAAGUAUCAUAGGGUUAGUCUUCAAGUUCUAGAUGAUCUUCUGAACAUUUAUGAGAUCAAUAAUAUCUUUAAUCUUUCCUUGGGUCUUCAGACAAUGGCAGUGCUAUUAAAUACACAAUAAAACUUUUCUGAGAAAAGUUAGACCAACUUUCAAUUUUGCUAUUUGCUAUUUUGCUGAAAAGGAACUUAUAAUUUGAGGAAUAUGUGAUCAGCUGAUCAAAAAAACAGCUUUUGGCACUAGAUAGCAACACUAAAACCAUGUGUCUUAUGAACAAAAUCCAAAAUAUAGUGAUAUAUCUCUUUUAUAUUGGAAGUGAUUAUAAAGUAAUUGAUGAAAUUAAUUUAUUUUACCUGCAGCUUCAAAGAGCAAUGAACAAUACAAGCAGUGCUUGGUAUUGCAUUAUUUUUGCAGACAUAACUCUACACUUUUUCAUUGUGAUAUCAGAUAUCUUUUCCUGGAAUCAGUGGGCUUGCACCAAACAAGUUCAGUACCAUGUAGUUUCUGUAUUAUAUAUUUCAUACAAAGGACAUCAUGAGUCUGUUACUUCCCCAGUAGUCUUAACAGAUCAGGAUCUCAAAGAGAAUUUGUACUUUUACAGCAUUUUGCUGGGAGCAGUAUGCUAACCUCUAGCCUUGAAGCAGGAAACAAUAUUAAACGAAGUUAUAUGAAAUGAACCAGAUUACCCUCUGCUGUUUUAACUCUUUAAUUCCUCUAUAUUGUGUCAUUGAGGGAAAGAGAUUAAUAGGUGACCAUAUAAAUAGCAUAAAUACAUUUUGAUUUAUAUCUUUUCUUUCCUUCAGGAGUUCAAAGUAACAUAUAUAUAAGGAGUCUCUCUUCGUAUAAUCCUAUGAGAUAGAUUAGCUGAGAGAGUGUGACUAGUAAUGAUGGCCAUUGUCAGAAAGGACUGACAAUUAGGUGGGCAGAAAGAAAAGGCAUCCUCUUUUUGCACAUAAAAGACAGUAUUAUAGAAAGCCUUAUCAUCAUUUUCUCCAAAUCGAAUAGCAUCUGUCUUUAAAUCACAGAUUUGCCACAGAAUUGCAAAUGAAUCCAUAUUAUAAAGAACAGAACUUUUGCCAUUUUGUAUAGAGAAAAUAUUUAAAAGUCAAUAUUUAAAUUGCCUCUGAAUUUAUAUAUUAUUAAUAUUGGGGCUGACAUCUGCUAGUGAACUAACAUUCCUAUCUUCCUUCCCUAAAGCUUUCUCAAAGCUGGAAUGUAGCAAAUGCAUGCCUGCUCAUCUGAUGUUGGAUGCAGCCCACUAUAACUCAUUCUGAUAAGUAGGGGGGGGGAGAGAAAUCCUCCAAAGCUGGCACCUAUUUUAUAUCAGUUGCCUGCAUUUAGUGUGUUGUCCUCAGACCAAGUCAGCACUAGAAACUUCAUACCUUUGCUUUCUUGUGCUAAGGACAGGAUGAUGGAAAUUGGAAGGCCAAAAUACUCGAAGCUUACCAGAUUGGCUAAAUUUGUCACAGGUCUAUAUAAUUUGGUUUGGUUUAAAGGCAAUUGGGAUUUGAAUUCAUGUUCCUAUAUGAAAUGAUCCUUCAGAAUGUGGCAGCUAGUCUUCCCACAUAAUACAUCAGUAUUUAUUUAUUUUUUUAAAAAAAAAAUAGAACUAACACUAUGCCCACAAUGCAUUUGUAGCUUUUCUACUGUCUUGCAGCUUUUUCUGAAUUUUGCUACCCUGACACAAGAGCUUUCAAGAAAUUGUAUUUUCAGUCUUAUUGGGUCCAGCUUAUACUUGCUUCCAGGACAUGAUGUCCUCUUACACUGCAGCUGUCUUGAGGACAUCAUAGAUUUGGGUUUAUAUCUAGGUAAUUUUUGCACACAGCUUGGCUUCCCAUCAUAAUUCUUCCAAUACAUUUUGCUCAUUGCAGAGUAUUUUAUACUUGUUUAUUUUUAUUUUUUUUAAUGAGGGAAAGUGUCACUUCUUGAAGCUGGCAGUUCUUGCACAGGUCAUUUUCUUCUGCUAGAGUGAAAAAUGUAAGCUUUCCUUAAUAAAUGCAGGGUCUCUAUAUUACACCUCAUGUACAAUUUUGCUUCUACUGUUUGUACUGUCUACAGUAGAAUUUCCUUAUCUUGAUCCUGGUAGUGCAUUUAUAGAUAAGCAUGAAAUGUAAAAUAUUUAUUUAAAUAAAAACUCUAAAUUGAUAAUUCAAUUAUCUUCCCUUAGCUUUAGAGUUUGUGAAAUUUCUUGACCCUGCUAGUUUUUUCAGAAAAUCCCUGACAGAUCUAAUUGUAUAGUUAAGGAUAUUAAGCAGACAAGACUAAGUCCAAGAAACCAUUGUAUUUGUACUUAGUUGUACUUAGGCUAUUUCCUUUAGCAUAUGAUCCAUAAGGAUCUAAAAUAACUACAGGUUUGGUUUUUUUUUUUACUUUUAUACACUACUUAUCUUUACUGUGUUUACACUUACAUAUAGGGACACUCAUUUGUGUAUUUAUUUAUGCGCACAGUAUAAAUAAAGCACAAUGUCAAUCUGUUAUGCCUAUGUUGUUUCUUUGAAAUGCAUACGCAUAUUAAAAUUACAAUUUUUUUCCACUUUGUUUUAGGAUAAAAGCAAUUGCAUACCCUGUUGAAAUGACUGACAUACAUAAUUUUAAAUUACAGCAGAUAAAACUGAAGUGGUAGACUUUCUAAAGUAUAAAUCUGAACAUACAUUUUAUACAGACUACAGUUUUAAGAGGCUGGUGCUUUCUUGUGACUGUGUGUGCAUCGCCUCAUUGUCCAUCUGAUGGUGUAUGUCAGUCUUCAUAUAAAUUAUCAAGAAACUGCUCUGUUCUCCCAUAUGGAAAUGUCUCCUUUUAGAUAAUUCUGUAACUAAGAACAUUUAUUAAAUUCUAAUUAUAUAUAAGACACCCAUUGUUUAAAGACACUAUCUAAAAAAUAUGGGAAAGGAAUGAAGAAGCCAGAAGGAAACCAGAUACAGAAUUUGUAAUUUAUAUACAGCAAUUGUAAGAAAAGCAUGCUGGAGGACACAUUUAAGAAAAACAUUUUUAUUUUUAACUGAAAUUAACAGAGCAUAGCAUUCAUUAUGGAAAUGAAUUCCAUGUAUAAAAGAAUACAAGUUAAAUAGGAAAGAUUUUGGAAUGAAUAAUAAAAAUUAUGAAUGGAAACUUAUAGAAAUGGCAAAAGUAUUAAAGUCAGUCUUAAGAACAUAAAAAGGCAGUUCAAGAAUAUGUUGGAUGCUUGUUUCAAUAACUGAUGAGAAAUUAUGCAUUCUGGUACUGAUUCUGCUUUUGCAAAAUCAUGAGUAAUAAUUACCAGUUUGUCUCAAACAUCAGUAGCUUGGAAAAUCACAGAUUCCAGUAAUAGCAUCCCUACACUCAUUUCUGUUACUUGUUCAUGCCUAACUCAAAAUUAUGGAAUUAAGGUAUCAUCUGUGAACAUUAGAGUACAUUCCAUGUAAAGUAAAUAUGUUGCGUAAUUAAUUUAUAUUAAUUUACCUAAAAAUUAGAAUGCUCAGUGUAAAACAAUUCCAAAAUUUGUAAGAAAUAAGUUUGCCAAAUUUGUAACAUUAAGAAUACAAUCCUAAAAACUGCAAGUAAGCAUUUCGAGAGCCAUAGGAUUUUAGAUUUCCCUGUGACUUCAGAAACUGAGUUCUUGAGGCCCUAUCAGGCAGUCUUCAGAAAUCAAAACUGACUUGAAGGCAAUCAAUCAUUUAAUAAAUCUCCAAGAUCUAGAAAUGGAAAGCUUUUUUAAAAAGGAGAGAUUUCAGAAAAAAUGCUUAGUUCUACAUGGUUCCCUACUGCUUGCUGCUUUCAAUAAGCAUUAAAAAUAAAUAAGGAAAGGAAUAAAUAUUUGUUCACUUUUCUUUACUUCAACCUUGUCAAAUUGAAGCCACCACAAACUGAGACAAUGACCAACAAAACCACAGUAUCAUUUUUGUCAAAUUGACUACCACACUUCUUUAUGAGCAAAAGAUUGAAUGCCUUCAAAAAUACUUUCUCUAUAUAAUGUAUAUUGUUUUGCUUUCAUGGAAUUUCAAGUGCCAUGGGUUAAUCUUUGGGGAGUUCUCUCAGAAAUGGUAUAUUGUCUCCUGCUUGAUGAUCUAUAAGGUCCCUUCCAAUUCUGUUAUUCUGUUAUUAUUCUGUUAUUAUUAUCCCAUCUAACACCAGCCAGUUCUAUUGUUGCAAGGUUGUUUCAUCAUGGAUCUUCAGAACUUAGCUGUUUCUGUUACAGAAAGAAUAACAGACAGCUACCCCACUCUUCUGUAAAGUUAUCCAAAAAGGCAUACAAUUUAAUUAUAUAAUCGGCAAGAACUAGAAAUACAGCACUGAAAUAUGGUAGUAGACAGUAUAAAAAAAGUAGCUGCAAGUAUUUUAACUGGGAUAAACUGUUUUAGAAACUGAAACUGGUAGCAAUAAAAUAAUUGUUGCAUGUUAAAGUGGAAAAAUAAUCUAUUUCUGAGGAAGAGUUAAAAAUUAUGGCACCACCCACAGAAAAGGUCUAUCUCUAGUGAUUAUUUCUGAAUUGUUUGGGGACAAGUUCCCAAACAAUGAUCACACUUUUCAGCCAGGCACUUAUAACAAUAUGUGGCCCUUAGAAUUUGGUCCUUAAAAAUACCCUGUUUUCAAGCAGUGCUGUUUUUAUGGAUCACAAUUAUCGGAAACAAAUAUCCAAGAUAGCUCUGUACCUGAAAUGAAUUAGACUUCGUAUCUACAUUGCUGAAGUGAUCAGGUGCCCAAUUAGAAGACAAAACAUUCUCAAAUGAAAUAAAUGGUGAAUUGAAAAACCAGAAGAGUGCAGGUUUCCAGGGACCCACAGUGGCCAGAAGUCAGAUCAGAUUUAAGGCAAUUUGGAAAUGCAAAAACAAGUAAAAAAAUAGCAUAUGAGAGUUCAAGUAGCAAUGAAUCAAUGCCUAGAGAUUCAACAAUAAGUUUAUAUGUUCAUUUACUUAAUACGUACUUAAGUAUAUUUUCCAUCAGUUUCACAUAUGAACUGUCUUAUUUAAAUUGACAUAAAGAAAUACACUAUGUGAAUUCUGUUUGUAAUCAUUUACAAGUGAUAGCUCAUUUAUACCUGUAAGUAAUCACCUAAGUUUAUCAAGAAUGAAUCAGCAUGUGUGAACAAAUAUUUGCCAGGGAUGCUCGAGAAGCAGAUUAGCAAAACUCAGAAUAUUUAACAGUGGAAUGCUUAAGAGAACCAAAGGAAUAAAAGAAUGUGUACUUGGUAAAGAAAGAAAUGGAAGUAAUGGAAAAUAAAAAUAUGUGCAGAAAUGUCUAGUUCUGUCUAAAUAUAUGUACAGUAGGAUCUUAAAAUGUUUGAAAGACUAGUAAGAGCUAGGAAAAAUAUUACUACUGGUUGGAAGAUAGUGUUUUCCGAGUUUGGAGAAUGAAUGCAAGAUUAGGUGAGGUGGGAACAAAUUCUUGAGGAACACAGAAUGGUAAAAAAAUAGGAGGAAAAACAGGGUUAUGCAUGUGCUGAACCUUCCCACUGAAAUCAAUGGGAUCACAAACCUUAACUUUGUCUGGACUGUGCCUUAGUUAUAUGUAAUCAUUUCUCAGUUAAGUCAAUAUUUAUUAUACCAUGAAAACAUUUUAUGAUCAGAGAUAUGUAACUAUUCCAUUUAAAACACAUAAAUUAAGAUUCCAUGCUAGAAUUUGAGUUAUUGCUCCAGGAAAUUCUAAUAAUUGCAUAGCUAUUUGCUAGUCAUUUUUAGUUAUAAAAUGACAUAAUGUUACACUUCUGUUUACUUCUGUCAAGCAUGUACACAUUUAUUUAUUUGGGUUUUUUAAAUCUACCCUACUGCUGAAAAUUCAGGGUGGAUAAUAUUAAAAAACAUUUUAUUCAUGUAUUUAAUAAAUAUUUAUUACAUAUUUA